AUGCGCUCCCCCCCAGCGUACAUGAGUUACCAUCCUCCUCCCGUUAACGGUCACAUCCCUCCUGUCUAUGCACAACAUUAUCCACCACCAUGGUACAAUGGCUACCCUCAAAUGCAUCCACCGCCACCAGGGGUCCCUAUGCCUCCAGGACCACCACCUCCUCGUCUAUACCAGCAACCUCCUUACGGCCACGGCCCGUUGAUAGUCUCUUCGUAUCCGCAUUCGCAGCCAGUUCCAACACCCAUGCAUGUUCCAUCAAAUGUAUAUCCUCAGCCACCAUCCGCAGCGUCAACACCUAUCCAGUCUGCUGUAUCCCCUCCUCCCCUUAGUGAACAUCAAAUGACAAUCGAUGGUCAUGAGCGACCGCCAUCGUCUGUGCAAUCUGUAUUAUCGACAUCAAGUGGCGUGGCUUCAUCUCCUGCUAUAGUCGCAGAAUUACCAAAGGGCGGUCUACUACCACGCAUACCAUUCCGUGCACCUCUUCCUUGGCUUUCUGUGCCAGACGAACCCUUUCCUGUUCGUGCUCCACACAAACGUCGCAGUGGUCGCUCACUGCAAGCCUCUAAUGUUUCUGUCGAGCUUCCUGCUAAGGGGUCCCAAAAGCAAGACAUAGCUCAUGCUGAUGAAAAACAAUCAUCCACACAAGGUGAUAGUCUCUCGGAGCCGCAAACACCUACGACCUCCCAGGCGCCAUCGGAGUCUGACUCGACUCACCCUACCACGCCUUCUUCCACCGCACCAACAAAUCUUGCAUCUCGUUCUCAAGACCAAGCCCAGACUCCCAAACAGACAACGAUAGUACCCGUGGUCCCAAUACUACCCCAGGCCCCUGUCACACCAAAGCAAUCCGUGUGCGCUCAAGAGGCCCAGCAAACGGACUCUUCGCAGGUUACGGGCGAAGUUCUUAGCCCAGAACCCCAUGAACAACCAACAACACCCGCUCCUGCAGCUCCUAAGUCGUGGGCUGAUUUGGUUCGCUCGAAGACAGCUCGCGCUGCUGGUGUUGUACCGAAUGUGCCAGCCGAGUCAGGCAACCUACAGGCUCCUCGCAGUGAGUCACUCGGUGAUGUUUUGACAAGUCUUGGUCCCAACGUGGAUCAAUUUGGCGAGAAGAUUGCAUUCUUAGAGCCUAGGGGCCUCGUCAACACUGGUAACAUGUGCUAUAUGAAUUCAGUACUACAAAUUUUGGCAUUUUGUGUGCCCUUCUACCAAUUCCUUGAUUACAUUGGACACCGCGCAACUCACAGCUUCAAAAGCGACGUGCCUUUGAUUGAUGCUACUAUCAUGUUCAUGAGAGAAUUUAGGGUGAUCGAUGCUGCAUGUUCAGAAGAUCAACUGCGCAUGCGACUAAAGCACAAAGAACUGGAAGAAUACGGAGAAGCGUUUAUCCCGGAGUUUGUAUAUGAAGUGAUUCGACAGCUCCCGCGCUUCCGUGAUAUGAGACGCGGACAUCAACAAGACGCACAAGAGUUUCUUGGUUUCUUUCUGGAAGAACUCCAUGAGGAAUGUGCGCAUGCUUUGCAAAGUGGUACUAUGCAAGCUAAUGCAGACUCUGGCGAGCCGUCAGAGGCUUCUGGGUGGCUUGAAGUCGGACAUAAACAAAAGUCUGCCAUCACUCGAUCAUCAGGUGAUGUUGACUUCGAGUCACCGAUCACUAAGAUUUUUGGAGGGAAGAUUCGUUCAGAAUUCAAAGUCCCUGGAAACAAGAACUCGGUGACGCUGGAGCCUUAUCAACCAUUACAGCUGGAUAUUGGAUCACCUGAAGUCAACAACAUCAUUGACGCUUUGAAAGGUCUUACUAAACCAGAAACUCUUCAUGGUGAUUUCAGCUCUCCUAGAGGCCCCAAGGUUGCUGCUACCAAGCAGGUCUUCAUUGAAACUCUGCCUCCUGUACUUAUUCUCCAUCUCAAGCGGUUUCAAUACGACAGUGUCACACACGGUACUCAAAAGAUUUGGAAGAAAGUCGGGUAUCCUUUGGAAUUGGAGAUACCCCGCGAAGUUUUCCCACCCCAUCGACGCAACGCUAUGGCAAUUCAUGGUGGUCUUCCACACUAUCGACUUAUUGGUGUUAUAUACCACCAUGGAAAGAAUGCUAGUGGUGGCCACUAUACAGUCGAUGUGAGACGCCAGGAUGGUCGCGAAUGGAUUAGGAUGGAUGACACCGUUAUUCGUCGAGUGCGCAGCGAGGACGUGGCCGAAGCAGGUAGCGAGGAGGAUCCCAAAGUUCUCGCGGCAGCUUUGGAACAGCACAAGCGCGACAAUAACCCAAAUAUAUAUGAACAAAUCGAUCCAAGUAGCCAGAUCGAUGAUGAAACCGGAUGGAGUCAAGUUAACGGCGGACCCAACGGUCACGCAAGCAGGAAGUCCACCAGUGGUGUCGUCAAUGGUGUUUCGUCACCUGCGGCCUCUACGAACUCCCCUGGUAACAGGACGCCUCUUGGAAGAUAUGGUACCCGCGACAACAAAGUCGCGUACCUCCUAUUUUACCAACGUAUCUCUUCGCCUUAA